GCGCACCGUGCCGCGGGUCAUAAUGGAUAAGGUUGUUGUGAUUGACGGUCGCGGGCACCUGCUCGGCCGCCUCGCCUCCAUCGUUGCGAAACAGCUCCUUCAAGGGCAGCACGUGGUUGUCGUACGCGCCGAGGGCAUCGUAAUAUCCGGUGGCAUCGUUCGCGCUCGCCAGAGAUAUGAUUAUUUCAAGCGCCUUCGCAUGAACACGAAGCCCUCGCACGGCCCCUUUCACUACGCCGCCCCUGCGCGAAUGUUGUGGCGCACUGUACGUGGAAUGCUUCCCUACAAGACAACGCGCGGCGCGUGCGCGUUUGAGCGCUUCAAGGCUUAUGAGGGCAUUCCGCCCCCUUACGACAAGGUGAAACGUGCAGUCGUUCCCGAAGCCCUCAAGGUGCUCCGCCUAGCCGCAGGGCACAAGUACUGUGUGCUUGGUGACCUCUCUCACCAGGUGGGCUGGAAGCACAAGACAACCGUGGAGGCCCUCGAGGAGAAGCGCGCUGCCGCAGCGUCGGAGUACUGGACCAAGAAGAAAGAAGCGAACAGCAAGUUCGCUGCCGCGAAAGAGGCAGCGAAUUCGCAGCUUGGUGAUCUUGCGCCCCUCAUCACGGCCACUGGCUAUUGAUUGUCAGGAACUGCACUUUUCCUCGCCGAGUAGUUUUUGGUAGCGGCGUGGACUAGGGAAUGAAUUCGACGACAGAACAAACGUGGUCGACG